AUGUCUAUCCAGAUUGGCGAUAUUAUUCCCGACGGUACUCUUCAAUACGUUCCUUUUGAUCCCAAGGAAGACAUCACUGCCUGUCCUCGUCCCAUCCCAUACAAGAUCCAUGAAAAGUUGAAGGGCAAGAAGGCUGUCAUCUUUGCCAUUCCUGGCCCUUUCACCCCUGCCUGUUCUGAAACUCAUGUUCCUGGAUUUAUCUCUGCUCAUGAUGCAUUAAAGGCCAAGGGCGUCAGCGAUGUUAUCUGUAUCUCUGUUAUGGAUGGCUUCGUUAUGAAUGCAUUUGCCAAGGCUUACAAGGCCGGUGAUAAGGUCAUCAUGGCUGGUGAUGGCAGUGCCAUCUUCUCUGGUGCUCUGGGCCUUACUCAAGAUUUGACCAAAAACGGUAUGGGUAUUCGUUCCAAGCGUUUCGCUAUUGUCAUUGAUGAUUUGGUCGUCAAGUACGUUGGUGUUGAGCAAGCUCCUGGUGUUACUUCCUCUGGUGCUGAAGCCGUGUUGGCUAAAUUGUAA